UAUCUGAAUACCCACCCCCCUUGGGUCCAAGAAUUAAACAGUGCAUAACAUAUUUUGCGACUUUCUUCCACACGCCACAACCCCAGAUGGACCAGCCAUGAACGCUACUAAACCUCCUUCAACAUUCUCCCCAUUUCCAUCAACCCAUAGCUUCUCUCUCCGCUGGGUUUCGUCACCGUUUACUUCCUCCACCUCCACUUCCGCCGCCGGUAACCCCAGAGUUACUCACUCAGUCCAUGUUCAAACCGCCGGUAAGUCCUCCACCGCUACCUCUCUAUUUAUCGCUAAGCCUCAAGAGCAGGCUCUCCUAACACUUCUCCAGGAGAAGAAAACCGAAGAGGCAUGGUUGGCGUACACCCAAUAUGACCAACUUCCCAACCCCACAUGCCUUAGCCGUUUAGUCUCACAAUUAUCCUAUCAGAACACCCGCGUUGCCCUCACGCGCGCCCAGUCCAUUGUCCGGCGUCUCCGCAAUGACCGCCAGCUCCACCGCCUCGACGCCAAUUCCUUCGGCCUCCUCGCCGUCGCCGCCGCUAAAGCCGGCCAAAUCCUCUACGCGACCUCCAUUAUCAAGUCCAUGCUCAAAUCCGGUUACCUCCCCCAUGUCAAGGCCUGGAGCGCCGUCAUCAGCCGCCUUUCUAGCUCCGGAGAUGAUGGCCCCACCGAGGCCUUGUCGCUCUUCACUUUGGUCACCGGAAAGGUCCGCCGGAUUUCGGACCCCGCGGUGGUUAAUAACUCGAGGCCGGACACAGCUGCCUAUAACGCUGUGCUAAACGCCUGUGCAAAUCUCGGUUACACUAGGAAAUUCCUCCAACUGUUCGACGAAAUGACUGAAUUUGGCUGCGAGCCAGAUGUUUUGACAUACAAUGUGAUGAUCAAGCUUUGUGCUAGAGCUGAUAGGAAAGAUUUGCUUGUGUUUGUAUUGGAGAGGAUAAUCGAAAAGGGAAUUGCUGUGUGUAUGACAACACUCCAAUCCCUCGUCGCAGCUUAUGUUGGUUUUGGUGAUUUGGACACUGCUGAAAAACUAGUUCAGGCUAUGAGGGAAGGGAGGAGAGAUCUGUGCAAGAUUCUAAGGGACUCGAGUUUGGAAGAGACAAGUGCAGAUAAGAGCGAUGUAUUUGAAAAGUUGCUUCCAAAUUCUGUAAAUUCACGAGACAGAGAACCGCCAGAUUUACCUCGAGUGUUUGAACCCAAUUCGAGGAUGUAUACAACGUUGAUGAAAGGUUACAUGAAGGCAGGCCGGGUAACUGAUACAGUAAGGAUGCUUCAGGCAAUGAGGCAUCAGGAAGAUACUGAAAGCCAUCCAGACCAUGUGAGCUAUACAACUGUUAUUUCUGCAUUUGUGCAGCAAGGAGCAAUGGAACAAGCACAAGAAAUGCUAGAUGAGAUGCUCAGAGUUGGAGUUCCUGCCAACAGAAUAACUUACAAUAUUCUUAUGAAAGGGUAUUGCCAGAAAUUGCAGAUAGACAAGGCAGAAGAGCUGAUGCUAGAGAUGGUAAAUGGUGCAGGAAUAAAACCGGAUGUAGUUUCUUAUAAUACUCUCAUUGAUGGCUGUAUUUUGGUUGAUGACAGCGCGGGGGCACUUUCCUAUUUCAAUGAGAUGCGAGCAGCAGGCAUCCCACCUAAUAAAAUCAGUUACACAACAUUGAUGAAAGCUUUUGCUUUGUCUCGCCAACCAAAGAUAGCGAACAAGGUCUUUGACGAAAUGCUAAAAGAUCCUCGAAUUAGGGUUGAUUUGGCUGCUUGGAAUAUGUUGGUUGAGGGAUAUUGUAAGCUGGGGAAGAUUGAGGAGGCCAAGUCUAUAAUUCAGAGGAUGAAAGAGAGUGGGACUUUUCCGAACGUGGCUACCUAUGGGAGUUUAGCAAAUGGAAUAGCAUUAGCUAGGAAGCCUGGAGAAGCACUACUACUAUGGAGUGAAAUAAAGGAGAGAUGCGGAAUAGGAAAGGGAGUGGAACCUGAUUCUUCUCCAGCCCUCCCGCCACUGAUACCCGAUGAAGGACUUUUAGAUACUCUGGCUGAUAUAUGUGUCAGGGCUGCAUUUUUCAGGAGAGCUUUGGAAAUCAUUGCUUGCAUGGAGGAGCAUGGAAUAUCACCAAACAAGACAAAGUAUAAAAGGAUUUACGUGGAGAUGCACUCGAGGAUGUUCACAAGCAAGCAUGCUUCAAGAGCCAGGCAGGAUCGAAGAAGGGAGAGGAAAAGAGCAGCAGAGGCUUUCAAGUUUUGGUUGGGAUUGCCCAAUUCUUACUAUGGAAGUGAAUGGCGCCUUGAUUCUGCUGAAGAUGAAUAUACUUCUGGCACUGCCUAAAGACAUGCCACAAAAUAGUAGUGUUGAGAAAAAGAGAUGGCACUGAAAAAUAAAUUUAUAAGAUUGUACCAUGCUCAUGUAUCAGAUUAAAUAUAUACAGGCCUUGAGUUCCACUUGUAAAGUUGCAAAACAUUAAAUUGAAUAUACGCAUAUCUCUCUUUCUCUCUUA